AGCAGGUCAGCUGGGAAUGCCUGUCAGGCAGCCAGCAUGCUCCCUCGCUUCUCCCUGGCUUUCUUUGAGAGCUCCUGUGACAAGGAUGUCAUCCUGAAUAUUCUCAGUGUCCUCACUGACUUGCUCUCUCUGGGGACCGGCCGGCGAAUCCACUACAUGAUCAGCAAAGGGGGCAGCGAGGCGCUGCUGCAGGCUCUCACUGCCGCUGCCCAGCCCGAGCCGCCCGACCACAGCACCCUCCUGCCCCUGCUCCGCCUGCUCGCCAGGGUCGGCCAGCGAGAUCAGAAGUUUGGGCUGAAAGUGCAGAAGGCAGAUGCAACUGAUACAAUACUGAGCUUGGCAAGAAGAAACCUGGGCCACCACCUGUACCUCACCCACUGCCUCUGGGUCCUGCGGGUUUGUGCUUCUAAUGCUACCACAAGAGCUACGCUUGGCAUCAAUGGAGCCAUGGAGCUGCUUUUCAAAGUCAUCACCCCCUACAGCAAGAGACACGUCAGGACAGUCAGGGCAGCCAUUGAGGCUUUGGCAGCUUUGCUGAAAUCAAAGUCUAACAGCCGACGGGCAGUGAACAGAGGCUACCUGGGUGGAUUGCUGAGACUCUAUCAAGACUGGCAUCACAAUGAUGUCUCCAACAACUACAUUUAUAUUCGUAGGGGUCUCCUUCUCUGCCUAAAGCACAUCACCAACAUCCAGCUGGGCAGAGAGACUUUCCUUGGUUCCCGGGGUAUGGAGAUUCUCUUCACAAGUGUACAGGACUGCUUAUCUUGCAAAAAUCUGGAUCCUAUCAUAACCACUGUGACUCAGAUUCUGAGAAAGUGCUACCCCAAGGAGCCUCUGCCUCUGGCAUCAGUAAGAAGUUCCUAUUCCUUCCCUCUUCCUAGGAAUGCCAAGGCUGAACCUCCAUGUGAGGGGUCUGAAGGUAAAUGGCUGAAGGGUGACUAUGAAAGUGAUGGAGAGGAAGAGGAUGAAAAAGACCUGGAUAAUGAAGAUGUGGAGAGUAAGGAGGAAGAUUAUGACUUGGAGACAGAUGUGAACAAAUUGAGGUCAAGACCAGUGCUCGACCGACCAGAGGAAGAGCUUAGACAGUAUGAAUCAAUGUGUCCAGAACUUUCCCAUAAUUUUCAGGAGCUUGAAUCGGAGUCUGAGGAAGAGAAGACCUUGGAGGACAGGGCUGAGAGUCUUCCCUCUACUCCCUCUCAUUUCAUUCCAAGUACUACUUCUGUGAAGCCUCCGAACUACAGAUGGAGAAACCAAAGUGUCACAGAGACGGGACCAGAUCCAGGGGAAAAGGAUUUCAAAAUCCCACUGCAGAGCUGGACAAAGAAGGAGAAGUGCAGAUGGGACCAGACUGAUGUAAAGAGAGACAUCGCAGAAGCAGCCCAAGACGCACCCUCCUGUGAGGAAGAAGAUCCAGCCAGCAGUCAUGUGCUUGCUUUGCGUCCUCUCCCAAAAGAUGCUGCUUGGUGCAAAAAAAUGUUUUGCUCUGAGUGUGAGGACUCAAUCAAUCCUAAUGCUGGAGGGAGGCUGGAGAGCUCAUACACACUGACAAAUCUUCUGGAGAAACACCAAGAGGAUAUCCCAUUCCACAGCCCUCGCUUCUACGUAGCCAGGGCCAAAUGUGUUAAGUCCAUAGCAGACUACAAAGACUUGGCAUUCCCUGAUUUCUGGGGUCACCAGCCACCACCUUACAGCAAGCCCAUGUUGGAACGCAAGCAUGGGGUUCAAAGGGACAAAGUACUAGAUGAUGUUCGCCGCUUAAUCCGGCCGGGUGAUGUGAUAGGCAGAACUGUUUUUGAUUUAGAUGAGCCCAGUUGCUCAAGCCCAGGUGCUCCAGGCUGUCUGACAUUCUUCUCCAAGUUUGAAUCAGGAAACCUUCGCAAAGCCAUCCAAGUGCGUGAGUUUGAAUAUGACUUAAUUAUGAAUGCGGAUGUGAACAGCAACCAGCAUCACCAGUGGUUCUACUUUGAAGUCCGUGACAUGAAAUUAGCAGUUCCCUAUCGCUUCAACAUUAUCAACUGUGAGAAGUUCAAUAGCCAAUUUAAUUAUGGCAUGCAGCUGGUCAUGUAUUCAGUGAAGGAAGCUCUCCAGGGCAGGCCUCGCUGGCUUCGGGCAGGCCAUGAUAUCUGCUACUACAAAAACCACUAUCGCUGCAGUGCAGCUGCAGGAGGAGGUAUGAGAGGAAAAUUCUACUACACGCUCACCUUCAGCAUCAAGUUCCCUCAUAAAGAUGAUGUCUGCUACCUGGCCUACCAUUACCCCUAUACAUACUCUACAAUGAUGUCUCAUCUUGAUAUCUUGGAACAAAAUAGGAACCCCAAGAAGGUUUACUGGAGGCAGCAGACACUCUGCCAGACGCUAGGAGGAAAUCUAUGCCCAUUGCUCACAAUCACUGCUAUGCCAGAAUCUAAAAAAGGAGAUGACUUGGAGCAAUUCUACAAUCGUCCUUAUGUGUUUCUAAUGGCCCGUGUUCACCCUGGUGAAAGUAACGCCAGCUGGGUAAUGAAGGGGACCCUGGAAUUCCUUGUAAGCAGUGAUCCCAUUGCUGAUCUCCUGCGGAAAUGUUUCAUUUUCAAGAUUGUCCCCAUGCUUAAUCCUGAUGGAGUCAUCAAUGGCAACCACCGCUGUUCACUGAGUGGGGAUGAUCUGAACAGACAGUGGUUGACACCCACUUCCCAGCUCCAUCCAACUAUUUACCAUGCCAAAGGUCUUCUCUAUUACCUGCGCAGCAUUGGCCGGGCUCCUCUGGUAUUCUGUGACUACCAUGGACACUCCCAGAAAAAGAAUGUGUUUGUUUAUGGCUGCAGCAUCAAGGAGACCUUGUGGCAAGCAGGCUGCAUGGUUGACACAAACGUUAUCACAGAAGAUGUUGGCUACAGGACUCUUCCUAAAAUCCUGGAUAAAGUGGCCCCUGCAUUUGUCAUGAACAGCUGCAGCUUCCUGGUGGAGAAGUCCCGGGAGUCGACGGCCCGGGUGGUGGUAUGGAAGGAAAUGGGUGUGUUGAGGAGCUACACCAUGGAGAGCACGUACUGCGGCUGUAGCCAUGGCCUCUACAAAGGCCUGCAGCUGGGAACUCAAGAGCUGGAAGAAAUGGGAAGCAAGUUUUGCCUUGGUUUGCUCAUUCUGCACCUCAAAUCCUUGCCCUGCAGCAAGAAGGUGAUGGCUCAGGCAGCACUCUUGCUAGAUCUGGAGGAGGAGAUAACAGACCGGACACAAAGAAGCUGCAGCAACAGCAGCCUGGAGUCUGAUGAUGAAUCUCCUUGUGUGGAGGAAAUCGAUUAUAAUAGUGACAGUUGCUCUGAUGGCGAAGAGGACUUCUCGGAGCUAGACCAAGAGAUCCAGGAGUACCUCUCGUGGGUGGAAGGGGAGACAGAAGAUGAGGGAGCAACCAUGGGACAAACAUGCAGCUCCAAGGCUCUCAGGGGGCUCUACAUUUCCAGCCAACCAUCAUCCAACAAUACAGCUCUCCCUCUGCAUUCGGCAGCACUUGGGGUGUACAGUGGGUUCCAGAGCAGCCCUGUGUGA